UAGUAGUCGACUUUUCCUCGGAUAUCAGAAUAUGGAAAUCUUUUUCUGGAUAUGACGUGAUGAUAUGACCCGACUCAAAAGCAACUGAGGUUUGCAAUUAUUACCAUAAAAAUCUCAUCUCAACGGCGCAAAGAGUGAUACAGCAGUGACCCAUCGUCUGGACAUUGCAGCAAACUUAGUUGCAUGCUGAGAAGUUCUAAGAAACUCAAGUUCUGGGAAGCAUCACAACCAACUUUUCUUGACCAUGUCUUGGUUCCCUGGAUUUGGUGCUCCCAAGAGCAAUCUUCCAGCCGUCACACCUCUACAAGCUCAACGAUCCAAACAGAUAGACUCUCUAAGAGCACUCAAUCCAAACGUGGUAGAGCUAAAGCGAGAUGAGGAGUACAGAGUUGGAUUCACUUGUGGGGUGAAUCAUGUAACAUUUACUAUUUCUUUGCCAGCUGAUUUCCCACAGACAAAGCCAAUUAUCACAGUAGCCCCACCAAUGAGGCAUGGUUUCUUAGAUGAAUCCAUGCAAGUAGUUCGAUACUUGCCUCUUAUCAACUUCAAUGUACAAACAGACUUGGGAAGACUGGUUCAAAAUAUGGUUCAAGAAUUCUGUAAAGCUCCCAUGUUCAUCCAACCAGAUGCCAGCCAACAAAGAGCGGUUCCAACAGUACCCCAGUACCAGCAUUUCAUGCCCCAGCCAACACCUACACAACAACAGCUGCCACCCCUGCAACACCCCGUACCAUCACACAAUCCAUUACAACAACAUCAGACACCACCCCACUCUCAUCAACCAACACCUCCACACCAUUCCUCACCACACAUGACUCCACCUCAUCCUAGCAUGGCCCUGCCCCACUCCUCAAUGACCACGCCCCACUCCAGCAUGGCCACAGCCACGCCUCCCAACCAGUAUACACCACAGAUGCCCGCCCCUCAUCCUCCAUCCAGUGCUUCAUCGUAUCCGUUAACAUCAACGGUACCAGUAGCAACAUCUUCAGCAUCAUCAUCUGCAAGAGUGGCACCUGUGAAUGGUCUGGAUGUGGAACCCAACAUACCGGUACCUGGUAUGUUAGGAAUUCGUGGUCUGAAUGAUGGCCAUCACUACAAUAUGCCAGCUAUCCCUCCUUCAUUUAAUGACUUAUUCAAAGACUACACCAAAGAGCAGCUUCAAGACCUGAUAGAGGAUGACGACAAGCUAGAUGUGAUUUUUAGAAAUGUUCCUCAGCUGUCUAAGAUGCACAUAGAUCGUACAGAGCUUUAUCAGUCAUGUGAAGAAAUAGCAAAAUUAAACCUGAGCUACCAACCAGAGAUAGAAAGACUCAGGAGAGAGGUGGAAGAAACUGUCAAAUUUAGGAAUGAUCUUAAAAACAACUUUGACAUGAAAUGUCUCCAGCAACAGAGCUUAAAUGAGCAAUGCUCUCUUUCUCACCUGAUGGAUAAUAUGAGAGUAUCAGCAGCUGAUGCCGAGCACCAAUCGGAUGACCUCGCUGAGAGGUUCUUACAAGAUAAGGUCACGCUUGAUGAAUUCUUGAAGCUGUUUAGUGAACAAAGAAAACUUCUUCACAUCAGAAAAGUCAAAGAAGAGAAGUUGAGUCAGCUAAUAGAAGGUCAAGGAAGAUAUUAAAAACCAUUCCAUGAUGUUUUGCAAUUUUUAUUAUCAUAUAAAACAUGACACUUUUGUAUUACAUGUAAAGCAUGUAGAGCAAUUAAAUAAGCUAGGCAUUCCCGAAUUGCUUUGAAAGCUAUUACUGUGGCUUAAGCUGUGGAAGCCAUUUAAUUGGCGGUGCAAGGACUUAAAGAUAAAGACCAGUUAUGGUCAUGCGAUGGCAUUGUGAAAGAAACGUUGUGGAAUCGAUCAGAAAAGGUUGAUCAUCUAGCAUAUUUGUAUUGGUG